CUAGCACCAGCCCGAGCUGGUUGGAAGUUUCUCGUCUUGUCGUGGUCGUGUUGGCGCGUGGUACUGUGUGCUUUAUGUAUGUGUGUGUGUGUGGUGGCAUGGCAUACUGCACCGUGUAGUCGUCGCGGGUGAUGUGAUGUUUGAAGGAAGAGGAGAAUAAAAGUUUGUGUACCGGAAUCGAAAAACGGAUAAAAUUCUAACGUGUUGAAAGGUUGUCCAGCGAUCCCAGGACUUGACCGGACCUCGGAACAAGUGCCACGGAUGAUGGAAGAACCUGCCACAAAAGCAGCAACAGCAACAACAACAACAACUCGGUCAGCCCCAGCAGUCGGUCGUUGGCUGGGUGGAGGACGAUUUUCCAAAGUGGGAAAAUCGACAAGAUUGUAGCGACGACGACGGCGACCAGAAAUUCGAGAGCGCGAGAAGGCCGGAGCAAUCCGGGAGAACGAAUCCGCCGAAAUUAAUGCGAUCGAGCGAGUGAAACUGAGGGGCAAAGAGAGCAAGUGUCGAUUUGUUUCAGUGUGUGAGAGUGAGCGAGUGUGGGAAUAAGAACGGGUGGAAACAAAAGAGGAAAAAGAGUCAACACAAAAAUUAGCAGGGUGUGUGUCGAGUGAGGAAAUAUUUAGAGGAAAACGAAAAUCGCCGAAAGAGCAAAAAGAAAGAAAGAAGGAUUACAGAAAAGGAAGAAACGAAGAUAGAAGAAGGAAAAAAAAUCAGCAACAAAACAAGUGCAAAAUCGACCGAAAAGGUCAGAUUUUUGUGGAUUACUUUUCGUGUUUUUCUUUUCAAAUCUUCACACUGGUUGGUGUUGUGUUGGUAGAUUCCACCGAUUACGUACGGGAUGCUGCUGGAACGCGAGGUGUAACCGAGGCCAAACAAAACAAAAGGCAACAGCUGCGCUGCGCGCUGCGGACAACCACACAGAAACAAUUGAAACACCUUCCCCAAUGAGGUGUUGCUGUCGCAGAAGACGACGAAGAAGAAACUAGACCCGCGCGCGUGGAUAACGCGCCCAUCGCGAUUGAAUUAGAAUAGUAACGCACACACACGCACACACUCACGCAGAAGAUGUCCAGCUGGGCGCAACGGAUGCACCGGCGGGCGGCGACCCUCGGCAGCGUGGUCACGUCGUGUGGCCACCCGGGCUCGCCGUACCCGCACCGGCUCGAGAAGGUCAAGUUUGGCGUGCCGCUGGACGAGGUGUGCAAGAACGACAUUCCGGGCCCGCUGUUGGUGCUGAUCCUGAAGCUCAACAAGGAGGCCCCCUUCCGGAAGGACGUGUUCCGGGCGCCGGGCCACCAGGGCGCCAUGAAGAAGCUGAUCCACUUUCUGCAGCAGGGCCGGCUCGUCAACGUGGACAACUACUCGGUGUACACGAUCGCGUCGGUGCUGAAAAAGUUCCUGCGGAAGAUCCCGGGCGGGGUGUUUGGCCGGGACGGCGAGACGGAGCUGUUCCAGAUCGUGGACAUUGGCGAGGAGGAGGUGCAGCAGGAGAAGAUGCACAAACUACUGAUGUCACUGCCAGGCCACACGCAGCGCCUUCUGGUGCUGCUGUUUGGCACCUUCCGGGUGAUCGCGAGCAACUCGGAGCGAGCCGCGACCGGGAUGACCAGCGAGGCGCUGGGCGUGUCGGUGGCGCCCAGCUUCUUCCAGUCGUGCGUCAGCGAUGGCAAGACGGCCCGGAUGGAAGACGUGCUGCGGUUUAAGGUCGCCACCAAGAUCAUGAAGCAGAUGAUCGAGCAGUUCGCCGCGUACGACCUGUUCGGGCGGGACAACUACGAGUACUACGCCCGCGUGACCGGCCGCGUCCUGCGGGUCCAGGACGAGUGGAUCUGCUCGUUCCGGUAUCCGCCGCCGCCGCGGGGCAAAACGGCCCAGCAGAACUACGCGUUAAAACUAGCACUAGAAACCGAGAAAACCUGGCUGCAGUGCGAGUGCGAACGAUGGGGACUAAUCGCCCAGGAGGAAUCGCACUCGACGCCGGCCCUGCUGACGACCGGCGGCCCCAACGUCGGCAACUCGGCCAUCUCCCUCGGCAUCAUUCCAGAGCACUCGCUGCUCGAGUCCUGCGCCCGGCUCUCGGUCUCGCUGGAAGGGCCCGGCAUCUUCCAGGGCGUCGGCGGCAAGUCCAGCUGUUCCGGCUCGUCCCACUCGAGCUCGUCGACGACGACGCGGUCCGGUUCGCAGCACCACAUGACGCUGGACGAGCUGCGGGCGGUCAACCGGUACGCCGAGAGCACCAAGAGCCUGUCCUACCUACCUCAGCAGGUCCACGAGCGGCAAGCGGCCCGGAUGCGAACCCGGUCCGAGUGGUUCCUGGGGGCGCGAGGCUCGCUGGAACUGUACAACCCGGGCAUGAUCACGUCGACGCCCAUUCCGGGCAGUCUGCUAGGAGGUCCCGGCGGAGGAGGAGGAGGCGGCGGCGCUGGAGCAGGAUCGGGAGGCCACCAUGGGCACCACGGCCACCACGGAAUUAUCGUGGGAAACGUCGGUCUGAGCGCGUCGGCCGAGUCGGUCCACACGUCGGUGAAGCGGCCCAGCCGGCGCGGCGGCUCCCGCCACGGCCACAUCCACCGGAGCUCGUCGCGGCGCAACAAGGAGAACGGCUCGUCCCGGUCCAACAGCUUCCGGAGUAAAAACAACAAAGUGGCCGCGGCCGCCGUUGGAUCCGGCGGUGCCGUCGUGGCCAUCGAUCCGGCCAAGGACCACCACCAGCGGAUCCGCAAGCAGCGGGCGGUUUCGUUCGAGCAGACGUCGGCCCCGACCGGAACCACGAUGACCACGUCCACUUCCGGCGGCGGCGGCGGCUGCCCGGUGGUCACGGUGACGGGCACGAAUCCGAAAUGGCGCGACUUUACCUCGAAAUCGCUGGACGAGAAGAAGCUGCUCAGCAAGCAGAACAACAUCGGGAUGGUGGACGGCGGCGAGGAGGACGGGGAAGGUGCGGGAGAUGCCGGAAGUGGGACCGGAGCGGAAGCGGACAGCGACGGGGACUGGCACAUGAUGGACCAGAGUGGGGGUUCCGGGGGAGGAGGUGGGUCGCUACUGCACCACUUUAAACCUCCCCGGAUAUGAAUCUUAAGGUGGUGAGGUAGCGCUGCCGGAAGUGGUAUUUAGGGUAAUUUCGAGUUCAUUCUGUGUUUUUCGGUUUUAAACGAGGGCGGGGUCGAGAAAGGGUUUAGUUUUUCACGAGGAAGAUGAGGAAAAGCGCGCGCGUUUUGUCGUUUAGUUAGACAAUUACGUAAAUUUUUUACAAUACAUAUAUUAUAUCUGUAACACGUAACCGUACUGUAGGGUAAGGCGAGAACUGAAUACUGAACAAAACAAGAGCACACUAAUUUAGAGUGUGGAAUCUGUUGAGCAGAGCUGAGGAAAAAAGUAAGUCCUUUGAAGCGGAUUUUGGAUAGGAAUAGGACAGGAAUUGAUUGUGCUGGGUUAUUUUUAUUCAAGUUGACUAGGGGAAAUAUGCCCAUUUUAAUCACUCUAAGCCGUUCGACCAAUUCUCAUCACUUUUGCCAUUUUCCGCUAUUAAAUCAACAUUUUCAGAUGUAUCAACAAUGAAAAGUUGCUUGCU